GGCCACUUACCUAUGGCCAAACGCCAAUGUACAUUUGUCAAACCUUUAACACGCCAUUUUUAUGAUUCUACAAUUAUGUCAUCUUUUUUAUUUUUAUUUUUAUUUUUAUUCACUAUUUGACUCGCAACCUAAUUCAACCAAAUCAUUCAUUUCAUUUUUUCGCCAUUUUUAUCUCGAUUUUCCAUUUUCCUCUAUUUCCAUUUUUCCCUCUUUUUCUGAACAACAUUAGCCCCUUUUCCCCCAAUAUUACAUCCUUCAUUUCAAAAAACCCAAUUUUAAAGUCUCAGAAAUUUUUAAUUUUUAAAAUUUUUUUCUGUUAUUUUAUCCAGUUUUUGAUCUAGGGUUUGAAUUGCAGAUCAGAUUACAAAGGAAACACAAAAUGAUUGUGAAUUUUGUAUCCAAUUAGAAAAACCCAACAAAAAAAUUUAUUAUCGUUGUAUUUUUUUCUGGGUUGAUCAACGUUAAAUUAUGCGUGGGAAUACACAUACAGAGCAAGAACAGGAGGAUUUUGAGGUUGAAUUUGUGGAGGUUGAUCCAACUGGCCGUUACGGUAGGUAUAAGGAGGUUCUAGGAAAAGGGGCCUUCAAGAAAGUAUAUCGAGCAUUUGAUGAGCUUGAAGGAAUAGAAGUAGCUUGGAAUCAAGUGAAGGUUUCGGAAGUAGUGCGUAAUGCAGAUGAUUUAGAACGGCUAUAUUCUGAAGUUCAUCUCCUUAAGACCUUGAAGCAUAAGAACAUCAUCAAGUUUUAUAGUUCUUGGGUUGACACGAAAAAGGAGAAUAUAAACUUCAUUACCGAGAUUUUUACCUCCGGCAAUCUAAGCCAGUAUCGAAGGAAGCAUAAGCAUGUUGACUUGAGGGCGGUGAAGAAAUGGUCUAGACAAAUUUUAGAAGGGCUUUUGUAUCUUCACAGUCAUGAUCCUCCUAUUAUACACAGGGAUCUUAAAUGUGACAAUAUAUUCGUUAAUGGCAACCAUGGUGAGGUAAAAAUUGGUGAUCUUGGAUUGGCCGCGAUUCUUCAGCAUGCAAAUGCAGCUCAUAGUGUCAUUGGCACACCGCAAUUUAUGGCACCAGAACUUUAUGAGGAGGAGUACAACGAACUCGUUGAUAUCUAUGCCUUUGGUAUGUGUUUGCUGGAAUUGGUUACGUUGGAGUAUCCGUAUAGAGAGUGUAGCAACUCAGCUCAGAUAUAUAAGAAAGUGGUAGCAGGAACCAAGCCAUUAGCACUGGAAAAAGUGGCAGAUCCUAAUGUCAAGGCAUUUAUAGAGAAAUGUAUUGCUAAAGCUUCAGAUAGAUUGUCUGCAAGGGAACUUCUAAGUGAUCCCUUUUUGUUAGAUGUGAUUCCUGAGAACCCUGGACAAUCUUCUCGUGUCAAUUUUUCAAAUUCAGAUUCAGGCUCAGAUUCCAUUCAAAAUACAUCUGAAAGUAGUGUGGUAGCCAAUGUUGAUGUCGGACCAACAAAAGACGUCACAGUACAAGGUGAACGGAAAGAUGUCAACACUAUAUAUAUCAAAUUGAGGAUAGUUAGUUCUGGAGGUAAAAGUCGGAAUAUUCAUUUUCCGUUUGACAUCAAAGCCGAUACAUCAAUUGCUGUUGCUAGUGAAAUGGUUCAUGAAUUGGACCUGACAGAUCAAGAUAUUUCAACCAUUGCUGACAUGAUCGACUCUGAAAUACGGGAUUUAAUUCCAGAUUGGUCUCCUAGAGAUUCAUUUGGAGGUGAUUCUCCUUCCGAUAGCCACGGAUCUGAACUGAAGGACGAUUUAUUGCACGUAAAUGAAAGUAAGGAUGAACCGUCUUCGUUGACUGAUGCAUCACACUUCCCUACUAGCAGUAUUUUUCCAGAUCAAUUACCAUCUGGACGUAAGUUUUGGUCGGACUCUCCAAUCAAGUGUAAUCCUAUGAGCCCAUCAGAAGCCGUAUAUGAUUCCAUGUUUCGACAACAGUGGAAUGAAUCACAGACCGACAUAAUUGCUUAUGAGUAUGGAGAAACAAGUGGUGCAAAUCUCGAAAACAUUGAUUUUCAUGAAAAUCAGAUAAUUGAAGCUAUCCAUGAACAUGAAGCCGGUUUCGACGAAGAUAAGGAUAAAAGACACAAGGAUGAACCAAGUUGUCAAAUCGAGAAAGACGACAAUGUACUUCAGUCUGUACUAAAUUGCGAGUGUAGCAAGGAUUUAAGUGUGUGUGAAGGAAGUAUUACCGAUGAAGUCGAAAAAUCUGACGGGGAGUCUCAUUCUGAAGAGUUUUUGAAGACCAUUUCUACUGAGCUCCACCAGUUGCUUGCUCAGCAGCAAAAAGAAUUAGAAGAGCUGAAGCUAAAGCACAAUGUGGCUAUUUCUCAUCUUCUAAAGGACCUUUCACCCGAAUCAUGUCUAAAAGUGUUUAAUUUGUGCAGUCGAAAGAUCCCCGAUUCUAAAUUGAAUGAGAAGAUGCAUUGUGUUCCACACAUUCCCGUCUCUAGGAGAGUUUUUAGACGUUCAUCGAGUACUCUUGAUCUUUCUAGCCCCAGAAUAAACAGUUUUAAGUACGAAGCUACACCGGAGAUGGGAAUUGCGGUUAUUUUAAAAGACGAUUCAGAAGAACCGUAAGUACGUUUGUGGUUACGCAAGUAUACGUUACAUUCUUAUCUUGAUCAAGUAUACAUUACAUUCUUGUGUUGCUGAUGUUCAUGAAAAUUACUUUAAUUAGGCUAGAUACUUGUAUAUAGCCAUUUGUUUUACUUUCUUUUAACUUUGUGAUAGUUGUCCGUCUCACAAUCAGAUGUGUGAUUCAUGUAUAUCAUCUCUCAGAAACAUGAAUUAUGGGCAUAAAUUUUGUCCCUUUUUUUGCCUCCAAUAGAGUGAGAAGUUUUGGAUUUUAAGC